AUGGAGCUCACGAGGAAAACGACAAAUUCUCAGCGGUUACCUCCACCGGCUCUGUUUCAGGGUCCGCCAUCACACAAUGCCUCCAAUAUCUCCCUAUCCGUACCACCCGCAACCUCAGCCCUACCAACACCCUCUGGAAAUCAACCUCCACCACUCCAUCGGAACAAAUCUCCUCUCGGGAACGAGGGUAAGAACCCAGAAAAAGCCAGUCUCUUAUCGCCAUUUGUAUCGCGCCGUCAAUCCAAGAACGAUGUGGACGGAUCCGACGCAAUCUGGCAGGAGAUGCAGAGCGCUCUAUCGGAAGUCGAACUCAGCGCCGUGACGAGCGAGAAUGUCUUCGGAGAAAAGCACUCGGAAGCACUAGAAGAUCUACGUCAGAAGCAACUGAAACUUGCCCAAGCCUGGGCGCGCAGCGAGGCGGACGACGAAGUAGCUGAUCCUAGCCAUGAUACGGCAAGUGCUAAGGGUAGCACGGCCCGGCAACGAGGCACUGCAGAAACAGCCAUCAAAGACGAUGCAGCGACUGAACAUAGCGCGGGACGUGGCUCAGUCUCGCAUCACACGCUGGACGAGGAGACCGAGAAAGAUAUUAUACAUGCGCGCAAGCGUCGUGAGGCUAAUGACCGGUACUUUGACCGGGUAAACCAGGGUGUUUUGGAUGUCGUUGCCAAAGUUGAGGAAGUUGCUCAGGCUAUGCGCACUGUGGAGCGAGAAAGCAAGGAUAUCUGGAGUGAUUCGGAGAGUAUUGCGACCACGGCGCCUUCGUCUCAUACCGGGUGA